AUGUCCGCCCUUCAUCCCCCCCUCAAACGCCGCUAUCAGGAGAUUAGCGAAAGCCUGCACGCUCAGAAAAGACAGAGGCACAACCAUUCUGAUGACUCUUGGUUUCCACCGGCAUUCUGGGACAACUUGUCGAGAAUUGACUUGACAAAAGCCGCGCUGAGGGAGCUAGAUCGAAGAAACAAUCAAGUCACUCCGCAGUUCCCUUCAUCUAACCGACGACGGUGCCAUCCAGUCACUCGAGGAACGCUCGCCAGACCAGGGGAGAAAGCUUUUCCCACCCAUUCUGCUAACGUCUGGCUCAGUCACUGUGGGAAGGAAUCGCUGAAGGAGCUGAAGCGUUUCGCCAGAGUUGGCGGUCCAGAUCUCUCAGACCUGAGAGGCUUCCGACAGCUUGUUGAUCCCUUCAUCCAAGCUAUGAACACGCGUCAGUCUAUAUCCCGUGGUCGUGGUCGUAAGCGCAGCGGCCUGCCCACACCGGAAGGUCAAUCUGCCUCAAAUACCACUUCGACUAAGAGCACUGGGCCUUACAAUAGAAACUUUCAACAGCAUCUUAUCGAUGGCGGUGUCUAUCCUGACGGAUAUGAAUAUCCAGACGGUCGAGUUCCCGCCUUGCCUGCUAACUGGGGGGAGAUUACCCAAAGAUUAGCACAACGGAGGCGUUCUCUUUCGCCGUCCAGAUUCAGAGAAGAAGACUUUCAAAAAUUCAGACGUGCAAAUUUGCAUGCUUCGAAAGAGAAUCAGAUCAUGGCAGCUGUCAUCCCAACAAUCGAAGGAAACAUCAGCGACCGCAAAUGCGUAGCGGGGGGAAUCCCAUUCACAAAUCUCGACCAUCUCACAGACGGCACCCUGGUGUCGGGCAAUCCUGACCUCUACCAUGGCGCACGGCCCGAACAGCUUGAUCGGCGAGUUCGCGAGAGCUUGAGAUACCUUGUUAUUCCUUCAACGCAGGAUGACCUUCCUGUAGCCCCCAACUUCUUCCUCGCGGUAAAAGGGCCGGAAGGCUCAGCUGCUGUCGCAGAAAGGCAGGCUCGCUAUGAUGGGGCAUUGGGUGAGAUGGGCAUGCAUAGCUUACAGUCAUUUGGACAGGUGGCACCACGCUUCGACAAUAACGCUCACACAAUUACGUCAAUAUAUCAUGGUGGGCACCUCAAAAUAUAUACCGUCCAUGUUGCUCAGCCAACUGUACCUGGUCUUCGGCGUGAAUUCUACAUGCAUCAGUUGAGAUCGUUCUCUAUGACUGAUACCGCUGAAAGGUUCCGAGAAGGAGCCACGGCUUACAGAGAGCUCCGGGAAUGGGCGAAGGAGACGAGAGAUGAGGCAAUCAGACAGGCGAACGAGAGGUCGAUCGGCAAUCAAGAUUCCCUCGUGAUUGUUGGGGCGGGUGAUGAACAAGCAUGCAGCUCGGGCACCAACCUUGCUCAAGACGAGUCCGACACCGUUAUUCAACUCUCACAAACUACACCCGCUGGCGCUUCUACUGGCAACGUUGAUACUCCGGACACGUCAUCGACCGAUCCCCUGCCAGGUCUCAAAACCUCUUCCAAACGCUCCAACCGCCAUUCGAAUGAAGAUCCAGCAUCCCAACGGAAACGACCUAACGUUGGUAACUCUGACAAUGGAUCCAGCUAG